ACGACGCACGGACGGUCGAGGCAAAAAUCGCGCGAUUUGUGCCCGUUUCAGUGUUUGUGCUCUUUUCCAUUGUUCAGUUCAGUGCUCGGAGUGACGGUGACUCUCCUUCCGAUUGGAUUACCGAUUACGGAUUACGGAUUACGGACACCCGAAGAUGAAUGGGACCGUCGGUUCCGAUCCGGUUACAAGGACGAAUCGAACCGUUGCGCCCAACUGACUAAAAGAUGAUACGAAUAUACUCGAAACGGGGACUGAUGAAUUUGUUUUGCAUCUUCGCCCUGAUCUUCGGAACUGUUGCCACCAGUGCAAAGGGGGACCAAUCCUGCUUAUCAAUACCAAAGCCAGGCAAAAAAUAUGUCUACUACUCGGGAUCGGUGCGUCCGAUCACAAUCGACGUGUCCAACAGAGUGUCGCACCAGCUCAUCACGCACGUCUUCAAGAUCUACUUGCAGGAAGUGGUCGGAUACCAGAACAUCACGUUGCAGGAGCACCAGGACUACUUCAAUCUCACCGACGUCAUGCACCGCCUCAUCAACGAGAAAGAAAGUUCCGACCCUCCGAACACCCUGUUGAACCUGGAGGUAUGGGUGCCGUCCGAGUUCGACACCAACAACGAGUACGCCAAGCACUUCAUCAAGGAGUGCGGCAGCGUGACGUCGCCGGGCAGGUUCGGUUGGUUCGUGCCCGUCGAGUUUAUCACACCCGUCAAGGAGUACUACGGCAACAAGUGGAACAAAUCCUAUCGCGAGGUCCACUACAGUAUCUUUCAGCACGAGGACGUGGAGCAUUUUGAAGUCGGCGACUCGGAUCUUCGCCAUCUCAUCGACAUGGCUCUCGACGACCCCGGAGGCUGCAGAGACACGUUCUGCGAGAACAGCAUGUACGUACCGAGACAGUGCACGAGCCAGACGUGCGCCCUGCUCCUCACCUCCGACUACAACACGACGAGCUUCGUGCGAAGCGACAUUGACGAGCUGGGACUGCGUGUCAAAGUCAUCUGGCUCGGCUCUCGCCUGCGGGACGCGACGGACUAUCUCAGCAACAAAUACAGGAAAUUACGGAACUCCUCGAAGAGUCUGGUCAUGUUGCAUUGGGCGCCUUCGGACAUCAUCAAAGACGAGCGAAAGUAUGUGAGCGUCAAUUUCCAUUACUGCGAGCUGUUCAGGUCGCAGGUGAAAUCGCGAUGCAAAUACGAGAUGCACAGGCUCGUCAAGUUCGCGUGGAGCAAAGUCGAGACGAUUGCGGAGCCGCUCCACGACGCCCUUAAAGUUUUCAAACUGGACAACUACACCUCUCUGUUAACGGCCUACGAACAAAGCAGUUCAAAAGUCGUUUCAGAAGUCGCGUGCAACUGGUUAAGGAGCAAUCCGACCUUAUGGAAUGUGACGUGGAAAUUCCCCAACAGGCAAGACCACAUUUCGAUCGGCGGCAUUUUUCCAUUAAACGGCUCCUCUUACCAAGGAAGGGGGAUUUUUAAAGCCGCCCACAUGGCCACCCUGGCCGUCAAUCGCAACAGCUCCAUCUUGAGCGGCUACACUCUGGACCUGCUGGGCAACAACGGGGAAUGCAAGGCGGAAAGCGUGAUGAAACACUUCAUCGACACGGUCGUCGACAGCUUCAACAACAGAAAAGUCGUCGGGGUGCUGGGACCGGCGUGUUCGGAUACUGUCGAACCUUUGGCCGGCGUUUCCCGCCACUAUCACAUGCUGGUGAUCUCGUACAGCGCCGAAGGGGCUUCUUUCUCGAAUCGCGACAAGUAUCCGUACUUUUUUCGAACCAUCGGGGAGAACCAGCAUUACAAUCACGUCUAUCUGAAGCUGAUGCAAACGUUCAAUUGGAAAAGGGUGGCCGCAUUGACGGAGGACGGCCAAAAAUACACCGAAUAUUUGAGUUCCAUGGGGGAUCUGUUGGAGAAGGAGAACAUCACCUUUAUCACCAACAAGAAGUUUCCUAGAGAACGAGAAAACGACGGAAUGACCAGGUAUUUACAAGAUCUAAAGAGCAAGUCGGCGAAGAUCAUAAUCGCCGAUGUAGUGGAAAGCGUCGCCAGGAGUGUAAUGUGCGAAGCCUUGAAUCUACAGAUGACCGCCGAAGAUGGUUACGUAUGGUUCCUCCCUAAAUGGCUAGAUAAAGAGUGGUACGACACAGACAGUUUCAAUCACAGGAACAACGAAACCGUCAACUGUACCACCGAUCAAAUGAUUAGAUCAGCCAAAGGAUAUUUGUCGAUGACACAUGCCUACUUUGCUCCGGAUGACAGCGUAAUGCAGGAAAACAAAACCGUCAAAGAAUGGAGGAGAGACUAUUACAACUUUUUAAAAUCCAAUAAAAACGGUACGAAAAGCUUAACAAUCCAACCGUCGGACUACGCAGGAUUUGCCUACGAUGCAGUGUGGACUUACGCCCUCGCCCUUGACAAACUAGUCAAUACCAAUCCAGAAGCUUUACUGGACUUACACUCGGAAAGAACAACCCGCAUGCUGGUGAAAGAGAUCGAAAGAACAGACUUCCACGGCGUGUCCGGCAGGAUCAAGUUUCGCGGCGGUCCGUCCCGCUUCUCCAUCAUCGAGAUUUACCAGUGGCGCGGCGUCAACCAGUCAAUCCACGUGGCCAACUUCCAUCCGAAUCUGACGGACGAUCGACCGGAGGUGCUGGGCGGCAACCUAACCUUCCUCAAGGAAAUCCAGUGGUUCACCAAAGAUGGAAAUGCGCCGGACGACGGUACGCAACCGCCCCCCGUUUGCAUCGUCGACUCGGUCGCGCGAUUCUUCAACGUCGAGUGCACGCACGCGUUGAUCAUAUUGAACGUGAUCAUCGCCGUGAUCGGUAUUGUGUUCAUAAUAUUGGUGAUCAAGUGCAUCAAGAACAAUUACGAGGAGAAGAUUGCCGUAAAGAAUACGUACAUCGAAAAACUGGAGAACGACAACAAGAAGUUUGGGUUUCCGUUCAGCGAUCUGGAGAUUUGGGAGAUUGCACGCGAGAAUGUUGUCAUUAAUCGUAAGAUUGGCGAAGGAGCCUUCGGAACCGUGUACGGUGGUGAAGCUGAUUUGGGCGCGAAAGGGGGUUGGAAGCCGGUCGCAGUUAAAACGUUAAAGCCCAACGCUACGUGCGAAGAAAAAUUGGAAUUUUUAUCUGAAGCAGACUUAAUGAAACGUUUCGACCAUCCCAACAUAAUAAAACUGGUGGGUGUGUGUACGCAAAAGGACCCGGUGUAUAAUAUUAUGGAGUUCAUGCUUUACGGCGACUUGAAAACCUUUUUGUUGUCUCGUCGUCAUCUCGCUCACACCGAAAACGACGAAGUGUCACCGAAGAGAUUAACCGACAUGGCUUUGGACGUGGCGAGAGGUUUGAGUUAUUUGGCUGAGCUGAAAUACACGCAUCGAGAUUUAGCCUCCAGAAAUUGUCUCGUUAACGGUAAACUCGUCGUUAAAAUAGGUGACUUUGGUAUGACACGGCAAGUUGAAUGCAGCGAGUCCUACUACAGAUUUAAUAGAAAGGGAAUGUUGCCCGUUCGAUGGAUGGCGCCCGAAAGCGUAAUGACGGGAAGGUUCUAUUUGGCUUCGGAUGUUUGGAGUUACGGCGUUUUGCUGUACGAAAUGAUCACAUUCGGUGGCUUCCCGUAUCAGGGCAUGGACAACAACAGGGUAUUGGAUUACAUUAGGAACGGCGGUACUCCCAAAUAUCCUGUCAAAGUCAACGACGACCUUAAAAAGUUAAUGGAAGAUUGCUGGAAGAAAGACAGCGACGACCGGAUACGAGCCAGUCAAAUCGUGGAGUACCUGGCAACUAGACCAACACUGUUAGUUCCCUGUUUGGAAGAUCCACCUCAAAUGGACCUGUCAAAUCAGAUGAACCAGGAAAUCGACAUGUCGGACAUGCCAGAAUUCAAGCGGACAUCCACCAAUAGGGUAUCUCAGAACGGCGUUGCCCGAAUUCCCCCAAUAAGGCCGACAGCGGUUCGACAGCAAUCGAUAGGCGGAGUGACGGACAGUGGCAUAAGCAUCCCCAUGGACAUCAGCUGUCCUAAGGAACCGCUCCUGGGUCCCUCGAGGUCGACAUCGAGUCUCUUGAACCUGGGCAAAUACGUAACUAUACACUCGAGGAGGGAAGAUUCUGGCUGUCAAGCGGAAGAGGACGACUACAUCGCGACCACAUCGAACGGUCACGUCAUUACAAAAGUGUGAGCUCGCCGAAUUGUCGGCCCGGGUCGAUUCGAAACUGCGCUCUGACGAUCUCAGGUAUAGCCAAGUGAAAGAUGACCAAAUGACCAAUCUUGCCGACCAUUGCUUCAAUAAAUAAUCUUCGACAGUAUUCGAGCGGUUUCGUGAAGACUCAAUUCGGUCCCUGAUUCAUGCAUUCCAAGUGCAGUUUCCGAGACGUGUUUUAGGAAAAAUUAUGGAAAUGUAUGCAAGCCAUUUUGUAAUGAACCAAAAAACGAAUACCAAAUAUAUGACUUAGUCCGAGUUUAGAUUCCCUAGCCGAUUAUACUCAUUGUGUCACUUCUUUAAUGGGAAUCAAAGACUAAUUAAUACUUUAGUUAAUUAGAUAAUACAGAGUAGGUGCAAUUUGAAUUUUUAUACAUUUUUCUAAUUUCACUGCCAACUCUGAUUAGUGUAAUUUUACAUCUGACAAUCAGCUUUAUGUGUUUAUUGUUGAUUUUGUAAAAACAAAAAAAAAAAUGUUAACGAUAUAUUUGGUUAAAAGUAUUAAGUUAUUAAAGUUGGAUAUUAUUUUUUUAUAGUAAAAAAUGCUUUAAAUUUGUGUCCUAAUUUUUAUAUAAUUAUAUUAAGUAGACAGUAUAUAAUAUGUUUCCAUAAUUUUUGAUCUAGUCAUUUAAUUCAUGUAGCUAGUAUUAAGUAAUUUAUUUGUCCUAAACAUAUGGGGCAGUGUUUGUUUAUUUUUAAUUUCUAGACAACGCUUUAAUGCAUUAAGACGAGAAUAUAUCAUCCGAGUGCUUUAAUUAUGUUAUUGUUAAUUGUGCAAAUUGCUUUGUUUAUAUUUGCUAUCGAUCAUUAAUUACAUUUCAAAUAUAAUUACAAGAGUAACUGCAACGCAACAACACAUUUUUCUACAGGUUUUAUACUCUCAUCUGUUUAAUUCACGUAAUGUAAAUUAAUUGCGCAAUGGUUGACUGAAAACAAAACUAUGUAUAUAAUUAUUUUCCGUACUUUUAUACAUUUUUAUACAACUUUUUAAUUUGCUCAAAUUGCACCAAUGUAAGGUCGCAUUUGCCUGCGAAUUUAUUGUUACAUCACAUGAUCAUACAGAAAUGCUGAUGUUACUUUAAACAUAUAUAAUAUACAAAUAAUUGUAAUUAAAAGCACUUCUGUUGGCCUCAAAACCAUGACUUAAGUUCCUUUAGAAAGUAUAAUUAUUGUAAAAGAAUCGAGACGUUACGCAUCGAAUUCAUAUUUUUCUUUUUUUUAUAAUGUAUGUGUGUAAAUAUUGAAGAAAGUGACUGUACAAUUCUUGAUUGAAUGCACAGUAGUGUAUUAAAUUCAUAAAGACUUUGUAAUUGUAAUGAAAUUAUUUUCGUAUUGACUGAUGUGUUAACCUUGCAGUGGUCGCCCAUUUGUCUUACAUUUAAAUCGGUUGUUAAUUUCGAUUAAGAAAUAUAUUGAUUAUUAAUCGUAUAUAAUAUACAUAUGUAAUUUUUAUUAGGUAUUUAUAUUAUUUGCUUAAACUAACAAACUGACGCGAGUACUAAAGUCUCAGCAAGAUAUAACGCUACUACUGAAAGGUUAAUGAAAACACCUAUCCUACCUUUAUAUGUCGAACAGAGGGAACACUAGCUAAUGUAUAUAAUUGUAAAAUAAAUCGUAGUGUUCGUCUAAAGACUGUGUAUGGAAGAAUGUGGAGAUUUGAUUGUGAAUUGUAUGUAAACAUAUUUAAUAAUUUUGUACCUGAUCUAGAUUUGUAAAUAACGAUACAAAAACAAUAUGCAGUAUAUUGGUUUUUGUAAUCAAAUACGUUGGUAUUUACUAUUCGUCCAUUUGGAAAUAUUUAUUUUUAAAAGUCAAUAAAACUAUUGUUAAUAAUUAUGUUUUAUUAUUUAUAUGCAUAAAAUUAGUCAAAAUAUAUAAUUAUUGCCAUCUCUUUUGAGGGACUAUGUAAAUAAAAUGCACUAUCAUCAUCCUCUUCAUGUAAUUUAUGGGGCAUAAAUGUUUAAAUUCACAUUAUUUAAACACAUUUGUCACCAAUAUCGUGAAUAUCAUUCACGUUGUAGACCUAUUAUAGUUGUGCCAGUUCGUUUAUGAAUCCCGGAUUUAUGAUACUAGGCCGCGUUUUACAAUAAAUUAUAUAAUAAAUAAUAUAGGUUGGUAAUUAUGAAUAAGAAUAAUGUCGAUAAUUAAUAAACACGAAAUUUUCACGAUUCCUCUGAAUAUCUACCUACCCAAGUUGCAAAAUUACUAAAGUCUGAAUUAUCCAUCCGUUAAUU